AUGCCUCCGAAGAAGAAGGCUGACCAGCAAGAGGAAGCCCCCGCGGCCAAAAAAACGGCUGCGGCGGCGAGUGCCAUCGCCGCCAACGCCUCCAAGAUUACGACCUCUGCCAAGGCGAUUGCGGCCGGCAAGGCGGACAUGAUCGAGCGCACCCCGACACCGCGCAAGCCGCGCGCGGAGAGUGGCCUCGUGCUGGUGCACUGGAACGUGGGCGGCCUGAACGGCCUGCUCAACGGCAAGAAUGCUGACGAGCGCAAGGCGUUGCUCUCCGCGCUCGUCGAGGCGGAGAAGCCGGACGUGCUCGCCAUCUCCGAGCAUAAGCUGCAGCAGAAGAAUGUCGCCGCGGCCGAGGCGGCGCUGCUCGGGCUGCUGCCGGGCUACACGGCGCACUGGGCGGUCUGCACCGCCAAGAACGGCUACUCGGGCGUCGUGUGCCUCGUCCGGAGCGGCGUCGAGGUCUCGAGCGUCUCGCUCGACGCCGUCGAGUCGAUCAACGAGGGGCGCACCGUCUCGAUCGAGUUCCCGGACUGCCACGCGGUGGCGGCCUACGUCCCAAACGCGGGGCAGGACCUCAAGCGGCUCGACUACCGCAUCGACACUUGGGAGCCGGCCAUGCGCUCCUACCUGCAGACGCUGCAGGCGAGCGGCAAGCCGGUCGUCCUCUUCGGAGACCUCAACGUCGCGCACCUCGACGCCGACAUCUGGAACGUCACCGCCAAGCACGUCCCAAAGUCGGCGGGCUGCACGCCGCGCGAGCGGGCCGCCUUCGGAGCGCUGCUCGCCUCGGGGCCGUUCGUCGACUGCUUCCGCCAGCUGUGGCCCGACGCGAGCGGAGCCUUCUCGUACUGGUCGACCCGCUCCGGCAACCAGCUGCUCAACCGCGGCCUCCGCCUCGACUACGCCGUCGCCUCCGCCUCCCUCGCCGCGCCGGGAGCCGCCCUCUCGCUGCACGACUGCGCCUACCUCGCGGAGUACGCGCCAAACGGAGAUCACGCCCCCUCCCUCGUCGCGCUCGCCCGCACCGCCGCCGCGUGA